CUUCCGCUCUCUGGCGUCACACAUGUAACACAACAUGGCCCCUGCCAGCCGGGAUGUUGUUGUGGUGGCGUUUUCAUUACUGUAUCUGUGUCAGGCGAUCUUCUCUUCCGAGUAUUUAUCCACUCUCACUUUGUUCAACAAUGAGCUCCACAAGCAGGGAUGCAGCUCGCUGUCCGAGUGGGAAGAGUACGCGGCUGACUGCGAGUCCGCUAUUUUACAGUUGGAAGAUCCAGACUGUGAGGAGGGAAGCAACCCGUCCUGCGAGUCUGUCUUCUCACUUAACGCAGAGAAGAUCUUGAACCAGGCCAAGUUGUUUAUAGAACAGAAAAAAAUCCCCUUCCCUGUUGAUAACCACAACACAAAUGAAGAACUUGCUAUAGGCUACGUUCUGAUAGGCAAUGGUCUCUAUGAUGAAGCCAUCAAACACUUCUCACGCUUACUACAGGUUGACCCAGAGCUGGUCAGUGCCAUAUAUGGAAGAGGGAUAGCUUAUGGGAAGAAAAGCCUGCAGGACAUAAAGAAUGCUGACUUGGCAUUGUACGAGCUAAACCGAGUCAUCACUCUCGAGCCUAACUGGCCGGAGGUGUACGAACAGAGAGCAGAGAUCCUGUCUCCUCUGGGUCGUAUCAGUGAGGCUCUGGCUGAUCUGACCAAAGCCAUCCAGCUGCAGCCCUCAGCCCGUCUCUACAGACACAGAGGGACACUGCUCUUCAUUUCAGAGGACUAUGUGGCAGCUAUGGAAGACUUCCAGCAGUCUUUAGAGCUUAAGAAGAACCAGCCUAUCGCCAUGUUGUAUAAAGGCCUCACCUUCUUCCACAGGGGCAUGCUCAAGGAAGCCAUUGAGACAUUCAAAGAAGCACUUAAGCUGAAGUCUGAUUUCAUAGAUGCCUAUAAGAGCCUUGGGCAGGCCUACAGGGAGCUGGGGGAUUUUGAGUCAGCAAUGGAGAGCUUCCAGAAGGCCCUCAUGUUGAACCAGAACCACAUCCAGUCUCUCCAGCUUCGAGGAAUGAUGCUGUACCACCACGGCUCUCUGCAGGAGGCCAUAGGCAAUUUCAAGAGGUGUCUUCAGUUGGAGCCCUACAACGAGGUGUGUCAGUACAUGAAGGGGUUGAGUCACGUGGCGAUGGGGCAGUUCUACGAGGGCAUCAAAGCUCAGACUAAAGUCAUGUUGAACGACCCUCUGCUGGGACAGAAGGCCAGCUCUGAAUACCUCAAAGUGAAAUACCUCAGAGAGUACUCUCGCUACCUGCAUUCCCACCUUGACAUCCCGGUAGCAGAGUACAACGUGGACCAGGACUUACCAGGGAACUUUAAGAAUCACUGGGCCAAGAACCUGCCUUUUCUUAUAGAAGACUAUGAAGAACAGCCCGGCUUGCAGCCACAUAUCAAGGACGUGCUGCCGCAGAACUUUGACAGCUACAGCAGUGAAGUUCAGACGCUGAUCUGCACAGCCGACCACCUGGGGGCGCUAAUGCAAUACGACACUCCUGGUUUCUUACCUAACAGGAGAAUACACAGAGCCAUGGGUUUAGCAACCCUGGAGGUGAUGCAGGCUAUGCAUCGAACAUGGAGCAACUCGAAAGUACGAGUCAACGGCAAGACCAGGCAAAUGCAGUGGAGAGACAUGUUCGACAUAGCCGUUAAAUGGAGGAGGAUUGCAGAUCCAGACCAGCCAGUUCUGUGGUUAGACCAGAUGCCCGCAAGGAGUCUAAGUCGAGGCUUUAACAAUCACAUCAAUCUCAUCAGGGGACAGAUUAUCAACAUCAGAUACCUGGCCUACUUUGACAACAUCCUUGACUUCAUCAAAGACAGAAUACUGGUGUACCACGGGGCAUACAACCCCAGAGGACUCUUAGAGGUCCGCCAGGCUCUCGAAAAUGUGAAUAAAGUGGAAGAUCUGCUUCCUAUAAUGAAGCAGUUCAACAGUAAAACCAGAGAUGGCUUCACGGUCAACUCCAAGGUGCCAAGCAUGAAGGAUUCUGGGAAAGAGUAUGAUGGUUUUACCAUCACUAUCACUGGAGACAGGGUGGGAAACAUGUUAUUCUCAGUAGAGACUCAGACGACAGAGGAGCGGACGCAGCAGUACCAGUCAGAGAUAGAGUCCAUCUACAAAGACCUCACCACCAAAGGAAAGGCGUUAAUGCUGUCCACUGAACUGGGGGAUGGUGAUGCCGUGUGUAACCUGAUCCUCUCCUUGAUUUAUUACUUCUGCAACCUCAUGCCACUCUCCAGGGGAUCCAGUGUGGUGGCCUACUCAGUCGUGAUGGGGGCACUGAUGGCCAGUGGGAAAGAGGUCAUCGGUAGGAUCCCAAAAGGAAAGCUGGUGGAUUUUGAAGCUAUGACCACACCCAGUCCAGACAGCUUCAGUAAAACAGCAAAGAGCUGGAUGACUCUCAAGAGUUUGCCAAGUUGGUACCAGAGUCUUCCAUCUGUAGCGGAGACCUUCCCGUCAACUAGAACAAUGAUCGAAGUUCUCAACACAGACUCGUCUUCACACUGUCCAAAGAAGUCCUAACACAACUUCGACCAUGAGACAAGUCUGUUUUUAAUAAUGUCUUAAUAAUUAAGCUUCUACACUGGGCAGAACUAAGGGAUUGUCUUCUUCUGCAGCCCAAACAAAAACUGGACUGAGUUCUCCAUAGGCAUCUCAGCUUUUAUGGUAAUUGUUUAAAUUUUAAGGCAGACUUGACACGUUUGGGAAGCAGAGAGUUUCUCUUCCUCUUGGUCCUGGAUAGAACUGAGGUGAUAUUGAUGCAAAAUCAAAAUAUUACUUCAAAAUAUUCCUUUAUGAAGUGGUGACCAUUAUUUGCUUUGCAGAAAGCAUCAAGUAAUCUUGUUUUAGUAUCAAAUCACCUCUCCAAAUCCAGCCCCGUUCUCUGCCAUCCUCCCUUAAAUACUCCCUCACACAUGACUCUUAACACAACCUUUGUAAAAAGUUGGCGUUACUACACCACUUUUAAAUGCAUUGUAGGCCAAUGUUGUCACAAAACCUCAAAUUUGACUUUGCUAAAAUUAUAUAUAUUUGGCAAUAUUUGGGUCCUGCUGCCAGUUUAUCCGACCAUUUACAUGAACUGGGGUCUGCCAACAUCCUGGCUGGGUUUUUUUCAGUUGUUUCAGGGUUUUGUUUAGGCAACAAAAAUACUGACAUUUUGGCAGUUGUGAAAAUACUACCUUGAAUCAGUCCCAGUAUUUCCACUAUCUUGCUGUUUGGGGGUGGAAGAUCGAACAUUAGUGUUAUAGUUUGGGAUGCAGAAGGGAUUCAGUCCACCCUCUCUUUUUCUCUGCUUCAUAGGCCCCAUGCUGAAACACCUAAAGCACAAAGUCUGUCUCAUGAACCAUCAGCAUGAACAAUCUUAUGUUGCAUAGUCAUUGUUAAAUACUAGCUUUAGAUUACCAUGACCUUUUAAAGUGGACGUUAAUUCGUUAACAAUUGUUGGGGAUGGACGCUGUCUGGUAUCUGAAAGAGUUUUUUGAUAACAUUUAAGAUUGUAAUUGGCACUUUAAACUUAUUUUUGAACCACUGCUGUGUGCAGCACACACAGUCCAGCCUAUCAGCAGAGAAGGAGUUCUGGGAUUUUAAAAAUAUGACACAAAAACCUUCAGGGCUAUUGAAUUCCACUUGGGAUACUUGAAGCAGUCUCUUUUAUUUAGUUUUCUUGACACUUGCAGAAAGUGUCACUUCUCUAAUCGAGUGAUGAACUUUCUUUUAAUGUGACCAAUAAAAGGUUGGUACAAAGAUGGGUUAGCUGCUGAACAAAUGUGAGAGCAACGGUCAGAGAUUUUAGAGAAUUUACAGAGAACCACUUGUUGCUUUAUAUGACACUUUGUCUCAUGUAGAGAUGAAAAGAUUUGUUUUACAACUUUUGAUAUUUAUAACUUGACAGCAGAGAAAUGGAAGGAAAAAAAUGAAAACAGUUUUUUUGUGCAAAUAAAAAAAUGCAGUAUAUUCCUGUAGAAUUCAUGGCUCAUACAUCUGUGAAAACAGAAAAGGGAGCAACAUUUUUCCAGCCUUGUAAUUAUAGAAGAGUGCGAUUCAAAAAGCUGUGAAACAGUGCAAUUCCAUUUUAAAGUUAAUUUAUUUAAUUUGUCGCAUAUAUUUAUUGAAAAAAAAUCGAAACCUGAGCAACUCAAAUAGAAGCUGAGAUAUAGAGACUCCUGGAUGUUCUCUGACAUCUCUGACUGUUGUGAUUAAUAAUAGAUUGGGGAAAAGCACACCACAUACUGUCAUUUUCUUCAUCAUUCCUUUGGCUUGCAUUGGAUGCCAUCUGUGUCACACAUUUAUUUUUUUGGAGUUUCUUAUGAUCUGAUGGAUUAUAUUUACUUGUUCUUGAAGACACAUCAGAGUAAUAGUUUGGGAGAAAACGGCACAUAUACCUCCAAAUGUCUUAACCAUCAAAUAACUCUGUAUUUUUCUUUAUUGGUUCCUACAUAUUUGAGUAGGUUAAUGUUGCACAGCCACAUUUCUAUCUUGUCACGCUCACAGAUCUGGAGAAACCUGGUCAGAAUAAAAUAAGAUGGAGACAAAAUACAUUUAUUUGGGUGUAAAUUUGAAAAUAUUUGUCUGAGGAAAUAUCACUUGUGUUUGGUGUUCCCUGUUGUUGAACGUUGAUUCGUUUUAAAAGUAGGAUUUUGACCAAAUGUUUUCAUUGGAUUUCUCCAGGUCUCUUGUAGGAUGGAAGAUUGAAUUUUGGUUUCUCAAAAUUCGAGAUGAUAUUGUUUUAAUCUGGCAAAUAGGGUAAUCCUGCGAGGGAAGAUAAUGCAAUGUUAUGUUUACAUGCUGCAACCUUAUGAAACAAUACUUCAGUGUAUUAUAUUGAGGCUAUAGUUUGUUUGCAACUGCUGCAUAUGUUUUUUAAUGACUCGUCAAUGUUGGUUUAAGCACAAGCUCUGCAGGUAAUUCACCUGGAAUGAUCUGAAAGUAUUCAGUCUUUUGAAAGAAUUUCAGGAUUUUCCUUCUCUUUAAUUGCAACUUUAAUGAAUUAGAGCUCUUUAAGUGUCAUCACUGAAAGUCGUCUCAGUGCUGCAGUAGUUCUUAAUUGAAUGUCUGGUUUCCUUAUUUUGUCAUUUAAAUAGAUAAUUUCUACAAAGUAAGAACAAAUUCAUCUGUUCAAUAGCAUAUCUAAUACUUUGUGUCAUUUUCUUUUUUGCACUGGGUAACCCAGUCAUUAAGUGCUAUGGUGGGCUUAAAGCUUAACACUUGAAGGGAAUGUUUUAUUGAUCAAAUGAAUGUUCAGCAGUCAAUAAAACUAGUUGACAAUUUUAA